UUAUUGCAGCGCCCUCCCCGGCAGCAAUGACGUCCUGACGAGUUGUCCAGAUGGCACUAUUCGCGGGUCUAAGUGCACAUUCAGUUGCCAUACCGGUUAUGAAGUUGCUGGUUCACAUACAUCUCAAUGUCAGUCGGUCGGAAGUUCCGGGUCUUGGAGUUAUCCUGUACCUUCCUGUGACUCGCUGAAAUGCUACAACGUCAUCGCUCCGCAGAAUGGCAAGGUUGUUGGAACAUGCUCAACCGACUAUGGUUCAACUUGUCGUUUCGACUGCAACGAGGGAUACGUUAUCAACAAUGAUGAAAUCAAAUGCUCAUCUCAACCCGGAAGUUCAACGGCAUACUGGGAAGGACAAAUGCCGUUUUGCUCUAUCAUCAACUGCACGAAGCCCACAUUGACUACAGGUCUACAGGUGACUUCUACGCAGUCGUGCCCGGUUACGAGCGAGGUCACAUAUGGCAGUCACUGUUCGUUCACCUGCUCACGUGGUUACUACAUUGAAGGGGACCAAGUCCUGUCCUGUCUGAGUGACGGAUCCUGGAACCAAUCUGCCCCAACCUGUCACGCUGUCAAUUGUACGAGCAGCGACAUACCAGUCCCUGCUAAUGGCGUGAAGACUGGGUGCUCGAACGCAGUUGAAACGUAUGGAACGGUUUGUUCAUUCUUUUGUAACAUUGGUUACCUACCCGACUCGCCUGUGUACCGAACAUGUGAUGAUGAUGGCACGGGAUCAGGAGUUUGGGAUGGCGGACCAGUGACCUGUACAAUCGUGAUGUGCACCGCUUUUGAUAAUCCAAGAAAUGGGAGCAUAUCUGAAUGUUUAUACGGGGGCGUACCACAAAAUAUCACAAAGGAGCAAAAGUACGGCACAGUCUGCAGCAUGCACUGCAACAAUGGCUUCACUUGGACGUCAGGUUCUGCGUCAAGGAUGUGUACUGCGUCAGGAACGUGGGAUGGUGCUGAUACAAUUUGUGAGGACAUAACACCACCAGUGCUGGCAUGCCCAUUAGAUCGGGACAUAGUUGCUGAGGAAGGGACGGUCUACGGAAACGUGCCAUGGGAUGAAUGGGAACCACUCAUGGCGACUGAUGGUGAUUUGGAGAUUGAAUCCAAUCUAGUGAGUAUAGGUUCAGUUCCAGUGACCACCUCUCCCACAAGCCUCGUAGAGGGCGCCCACCAGAUCACCUAUGGUGUCUUCGACUCUGCAGGGAAUGAGCAGACUUGUUCAUUUGUUGUGACGACACGAGUGAUUAGAUGCCCCGGUCUACCCGUUCCUGAGCAUGGCAGUAUUCACCUAGGUUCUGGAGGAGGAGACUGCGUAGGGGGCGCUGUCUAUGGAUCAUCCUGCGUGUAUGGAUGCGACGUCGGAUACCAGCUUUUCGCAGGGAAUGGCAACUUUUCCAGGAACUGUCUCCGCAACAAUUCAAUUGAUCUGGUUGGAUAUUGGGACGCUGAUCAACCAACUUGUCUAAUCCAAAACUGCACUCUCCCCGCUGUGAUGAAUGUUCAUAGCCCUGACUGCCUCACCACAGCAGUUGGAUACGGUACAAACUGCGAGUUCGAGUGUGACCGAGGAUAUACCACUCUAAUCGAUGUAGAUCAUGUUAACCGCAGCUGCCAGGCAGAAUCAACAUGGGGCGGUAGUGACUUUAACUGCAGCGUUGUGAUCACGUGUCCUGCUCAACUCUCAUUGGAAUUUGGUCGCGUGAUACCCCCUGAAUGCUCUAACAGCACGGAUAUGAAGUUCGAUACCGAGUGCGAGUACUCCUGUGGUAGCGGUUUCCUCUUACAUGGACCGAGCAACAUCAGGUGUAACCCUGACGGCAGUUGGAACGACCUACGACAACCCUACUGCGAAGAUAUUCAAAAUCCAAUCUUUAGUGCCCCCUGUCCUGUACAUGUAAGGGUGGAUGCUCAGCGAGGUACGACGUAUGCCAAUGUGACCCUGGUGCAGCCAGAAGCUCGGGAUAACUCUGGCAAUGUGAACGUCUCAAGAAUUGGACCAAAAGAUACGAUUUUUCACGAGGGUGUAACGACCGUUCCUUAUCUUGCUUCGGAUGCCUCAGGAAAUGAAGCAAGAUGUGACGUCAUCGUGACAGUUACAGUCUACAGAUGUCCAACGCCCAAGGCUCCAGUAGAGGGCUUCGUAACAAAUUGCUCCAAAUUAUUCUAUGGUAGCGCGUGUUCCUUUGGAUGUAACAUUGGUUAUGACCUCAUCGGAAGUGAAACACUGACCUGUGAUUUGACGCAAGGAGGAAUGGGACCAAACGCAACUUGGAACGAACAUUCACCGACUUGUCAAAUUCGAACUUGUGUUGCUGUCCGAUUGCAACCUCCUGCCGCUAAGGCCGGCUGUGACAAGAACCCACCGCUUACAGAAGACUAUGACACAGUUUGCACCUUCACAUGCCCGUACGGAUUCCGGGGUAUAGGGGACAGUCGCUCCAGAUGUGACGAGAAUGGAAAGUGGAGCAGUACUAAUUUUACGUGUGAACGAACCCCUUGUUCACCCCUAAGUGCUCCAUCAGGGAUGACCAUUACCCCUAGCUCUUGUACCACGGAUCCUAGAUACGGUGAUACCUGUACCCUUCAAUGCUCAAGAUCAGGCUUUGAGGUAUAUCCCCAGAGCUCAUCAAGUGUAACAUGCUCGGGUAAUGAAAGGUGGAACAAGAACAUCCUCUCUACAUCAUGCAAAGAUGUAGAACCACCAGUCUUCACACAGUGUCCGAACGACUUUGUUAGGCACCCUGGCCGCAGUUCUACUUCUGCCUUCGUCUCGUGGACAGUAGCUGCUACAGACAAUGAUGCUAUUGGUCCAACAGUAUCAUGUGACCAUCCUUCGAAUGUCAGUAUGCCCUUGGGUCAACAUCCGGUGACAUGUAUAGCCGCUGAUCGAAGUGGUUACACCGAAGAUUGUUCAUUCAUCGUUACCGUAGAAGUUCGACAAUGCAAACCGUUGGUUCAACCUGCUUUUGGCGCCCUGAACGGAUCAUGUGACACCGUCUAUGGUUCUUCAUGUCACGUGACCUGUAUCCUCGGUUAUCACUUGAACGGUUCAAGUUCGGCAUCUUGUGAAUUUAACGGCACCGAUAUGUAUUGGAUGUGGGACAUGGAACCGCACUGCCAAGCUAACUGGUGCCCUCCCGUCGCAUUACCGUCCAUGCUGGCUGUGUAUCCAGACUCUUGUUCUCUGGAUGCCAGGGUAGCGGUUGGUACUGUCUGUACGUGUUACUGUACUGGUGGUCUGAGCUUGGUCGGCAAUGACACGACUGUGACAUGCCUCAUAGACGGUCAGUGGGAUCGACAGAUAGAUGCAGGAGCGAUGACGUGUAAAGAUAAAACACCUCCAGUGAUCACAUUCUGUCCUGGUGUCGUCAACACGGUUCGCACUCAAUACUGGGGCGUUGAAGUCACCUUUGACCUUCCGACAGCCCACGACACGGUCGACCCUCAUCUCGAAAUCGUGACCGACCCGGCUGAUUUAGAAUCCCCUUAUAAUUUCACCUCCAAUACUGCAUGCAGAUACACCUUUGUCGAUGACUCUGGGAAUAAAGCUACAUGUGUCUUUGACGUCGACAUUAAAGAUUUGGUAGAACCUACCUUUGUGUACUGUCCUCCUGAUCAGAACAUAACAACUAGCCAGCAGAUGACAUUGGUCACGUGGGACGAGCCCAUAGUUCAGGAUAUUCCCGGGGAUGACGUAUUGAUCACGUGUAACUACGACACCAAUCAGGUGACGUUGCCCUGGGGAGAAAAUGAAAUUGUCUACAAAGCUACAAACUUGAAUAAUGCAUUUCAGAAGGAGUGCAAGUUCAUAAUCAUUAUCGUACCAUUCCCAUGCACGGAACUUCACCCUCCCCAGCAUGGGGCUUUGUCGUGUGAUACUUGGCUGUUCAGCCGCUAUUGUAGUGUGUCGUGCGACGAGUCCUUCGAUAUACCACGUUCGAGUUCUUUACACCAACCUACAACGCUUUAUGUCUGCGGUACUUCUGGUUUGUGGACUCCACAUGCAUACGUUGCUGACUGUUCCCAGACCCGUGACCCUCGUCGUAGUAAUCUCCCGUCUGCCCUGCAGUACUACACAGGAACUUGCGAAAGUCCAGUGACCACGGAGGACAUCGCAGAGGCCUUCAUCACCAUCCUUCGCGGGUCGAUGUUCAGGGAGGCUUGCGAUAAGGAGAACGAAUGCCUGGUCGAAAACGUGGCCGUGUGGUGCGGAGGCGCCGUUGCUCGCGGUAUGGUAAAGCGCAGCUCGGAAAUACAGAGACGGAGAAAGCGAAAUGCCAAUCAGGAGAUCGACAAGGAUUUGGACUCAAUGCGACAGAAGUUCCAGAACAACGACAUGGAUAAGGGUGGCACCACCACUGUCUAUCUGGAUAUUGCGAUACGGAACAUACUAGAUAACUCGGGUCUUGCACUGGAGGGGAAGUUGUUGUCUAUGGCACGAGAGAUCAAAGAGCAAUUCAGACUCCUUCACAACCUGACCUCCUUGUCAUUGACCACGGGGUACUCUGUCAUCCAAUGCGAGGAUGGUUACAUCGCUGACCACGAGACGUUGAAAUGUGUCGCCUGCACAACCGGCUAUUUCUAUGAAAGGGCUACAUCAGGGGGACAAUGUACCCCUUGUGUCUAUGGUUACUAUCAACAUCAACAAGCACAGGUCACGUGCCGAAAGUGUCCAGAGGGCCAAUCAACAGAGAUUAAAGGAAGUCGGAGUAAAAGUGAUUGCAAAGACAUGUGUCACAAGGGCCAGUUUUCACACUCUGGAUUGCAACCUUGCGUCAAAUGUCCACGUGACACUUUUCAGCCAAUGAAAGGACAGGCAUCUUGCUUCGAUUGCUCUGGUAGUUCGAUCACACUACACACAGGAUCAUCUUCGCCUGAUCAGUGUAUCGACCAACUCUAAAGAUCCUGCGUGUGCGCCAAGAAUCGUGUAAUGAAUUAUUGUUCACAAUUGCGUUUAGAUUUGAGGAGUUUUGUCAAUUGCACUUCAUUAAAUAACUUCUAUCUAAAGAAAUGCUCACAUCUUUAACUAAAAUAAGAUGUAAAAGUUUCAUACUUCCCAACACAUUUUUUGCAUGAAUCCUUUUGUUUUUAGAGAUUUGUUUUCAUGUUUUGAUACAAUGAAAGUAUAGAAUUUAUUUAGAAUAAGAUUCCUUUCGCAAGAAGUGUGA